AUGACGCGUCUCUUCUUAUUUCUUCCCCUCUUCAGCACAGUGAUGCUUGCUGCGGCCGGCACUACAACCGAAGUUCAAGAUGGCCAGACAGGCACUUUGAUCGUCUUGCCUGCCCAGGCAACCGAAACGGGGACGAAACGAAUUCCCGACGCGGCCCACCCAUUUGUCGCACCCGGUCCAAAUGACCAACGAGGACCUUGCCCGGCCAUGAAUACCCUUGCAAAUCACGGAUAUAUCCCUCGAAAUGGAAUUGCGACGUUUGAGGAGAUAACCAUUGCCAUGAUGGAGGCUUUCAACAUUGAAUUGCUAUUUGGUGCGACCAUGGUUUCCAAUAACAUGCUGACUCGCGGAAACCCUUUUGUGAACAAAAUUUCUAUCGGUGAAACGGGAGGGAUAGCAAAACAUGGACGCUUUGAAGGCGAUGCUUCAAUAACGAGAGCUGACGCUCUGAUUGGGGACAACCGCAACUUCCAAGAUAGGCUAUAUGAUCUCGAUCUCUUGCAACUCGGUAAAUUUGGGGACAACGGGGUGGAAGGCAACAAUACUGUCUGGAACAUCGAUGCCCUGAUUGCCAUGAAAAGGCAAAAUAUAGCCAUGGACCAGGCGGCCAACCGAGGCUUCCAGUUUCCGCCACGGCGCUUCAAUGCAGCACUCACCCAAGCCGCGUUUAUUCUCAAUGUUUUUGCCAAUGGAACUACCAAAGAAGCAUCGUUGAGCACGAUCGGCUCCUUCUUCCGGAACCAGACGUUCCCAGCCAACUGGCAUCGCGCGGCUGCGCCAGUCACGGGUGCUGUGAACGCACCUGCGCUGAACCAAAUCAUUGCUGGUGUUGGCAUCCAGCCAGGCCGGAAUAACCUAGAUGGGGUCUUCGUCGCCGACCCCCCUUUGCCAUUCCCUUUCAACACUAGUUUGGCCUGUGCCGCUUAUUUCGACCAAGCCGCGAAUAUUGCCGCAGUACUUGUCAAUACGACGGGAAUCUUCAAGCAGAACGUAGAUCUAAUGACUGGUAUUACGUUCAAGGCAGCCUCAGGAAGUCCUGGGUGCACCCAGCAAAUGCUGCCUUUCGGGCCUGCUGGGGUUUAG